UUUGUUGUUUCCUCUUUUAUUUUUAAGGUCCAAAAUUGUUCCCAGCUGGUUACCCUCCAAACUAAAUAUAUACAUAUGUAUGUAUUUAUUUAUUUUCCCCCUUUUUUAUUUCUGCCAGAUUCAGCUUUUGUCCAAGUUGUGGCCGUUUUUAAGUUAGUUCCGGGAGAAUUUAUUUCCUUUUUUACUCUUCUUCCGUUUUUAUUUCUUUUCUUUUCUUUUCUUUCAAUUCCCUAUAUACUUACUCCUCCAAUCGCUCGACAAUCGAAACCGUUUCCCUUAUUUUUUCUCCCAACUUUAUUUUUUUAUUUGUUUGACUUAAAGUGA